AUGGACAUCAUUCAAGAUGACAGACCUGAGGGAAACAUCCGUGAAGAGCAGGAGACGAGCAAACCAGGCACUUCGGAAACAGAACCUCUCCUGUCUCGUCAAUCAACUCCUACCAUAAAAGUCAAUCGGCAACCGCCGCAACUUUCAACUCGCCACGCCUUUGCCGUCCUUGUAAGCAUUCAGAUUGGCUCUGGCAUCUUUGCGUCUCCAGCUCAGGUCGACAGCAAUGUGCCUUCUCCAGGGGCAGCAUUGCUCGUUUGGGUACUCGGUGGUCUGCUCUCUUGGGCUGGAGCAGCGUCCUUCGCAGAGUUAGGAGCAGCACUCCCCCGAAACGGAGGAAUGCAGGAGUACCUUCGACAUGUAUUUGGGGAUACGAUGGCGUUUUUGAUGGCUUGGAUCUAUAUCAUGGCAGUCAAGCCUUCAUCAAUGGCCAUUCAGAGCAUCGUUAUUGCCGAGUCUAUUGGCUCCGUGAGUUCCAACGAAGACUUAUCUGCCUGGGUACUGAAAGCUAUCGCUGUAUUAGCCUUUACGUCCAUGGUGCUCAUUAACUCUAUCAACACUAAGAUAACUCUAAAACUUAGUGAGGGGUUCACUGCUGUCAAGAUUCUGACAGUAGCGUUGAUCGUCAUUGGUGGAAUCAUUGCGAUCAUUGCCCAUUCUGUAAAUCCCAACUCAUCGUUGGGUGGAGGACAGGAUUGGUAUUCCAGGAACUGGUUCUCAACGAGACCAAGUAUCGCAGACGGUCACACCAUAGACUGGAAUGCCAUCAGUGCAUGGGAUCGGUACGGGCAUUACUGUGCGGCUAUUUACGCAGGACUAUGGGCUUUCGAUGGCUGGGAUAACGCGAACGUAGUGGCAAGCGAAAUCAAGAACCCAGGAAAGACCCUUCCCAAGGCUAUCAAAGCUGCCAUGAUAGUCGUCCUCAGCUCAUUCGAGCUUGUGAACAUUGCAUACUAUAUCCUCCUCCCGUGGGACAUGAUGAGUUCCAGCAAUGCGGUGGCUGUCGCAGCUGCCAGUGCUCUGCUGGGCCACCCUGCAGGGAUUCUAAUUACUUUACUAGUUGCCUCGUCCUGCGCUGGGUCAAUCACCAGCAACGUAUUCGCUGUCGGGCGGCUCACGGUGGCCGCUUCCCAGCGACAUUAUCUCCCCGGAUUUCUGAGCAGGCGAGGUCUCCCGACUUUACGAAACAAGUCUGCAGCGCCAUCUUCGCCCACCGUCAACGAACCAUUGGUACAAUCGUCGUUUACGGAUGAGGAUAUACCAACUGCCACGUGUGACGCUCCUAUUUACGCAAAUAUCCUAGCUUUCGUAGUAACAAUCAUCUACAUCCUAACAGGCAGCUUUCGCGCCCUUCUCACCUUUGUCGGUAUGGCCGAAUGGGUGUUCUACGUCAGCACUGUAAUAGGGCUGUUAAUUCUCCGUCGCCGGGAACCUCAUUUGCAAAGACCAUACCGACCGACCAUCGUACUACCAUUCGUCUUCGUGAUCGUGGGGCUUCUGGUAAUCAUUCGCUCUGCCAUGUUUGCACCAGUGCAAAGUGGCGUGCUCGCGGGACUCCUGGUCGCUGGCACUGUGGUGUCCAAAGUUCAAGGACAGGUAAACGAAUAGAAAGGGGGACAAGGAUAAUUGGAUGUGUUUGAAUAUAUUAUUUCUAUCGCUGUAUAUACUGCUAAUAAACAUUAAACAAAAAACC